CCGCGGGGCUCGGGCCUAGCGGGGUGGGCGGGGCGGAGUCGAGUCGCUAGUCGUCCCCGAGUGUCGCCCGUAUGCCACGGGGCCUGGAGAGCGUAGCGUGGCACCCUCAGACCCGGCUGCAGCGGCCAAGGCAGUCUCUGAGUAGGGGGCCUUCUUAGGGCCUGGGACGCGCCCGUAGGUGCCAGAGGGCGUUCGUAUGGCCUGGACCGCGCCUAGGCCCACCCUCCAUCCCAUUGCUGAAUCCGGACAUGUCUGCAGGCGCUGUAGAUGGUUUUUAUGUGCGACCGUAGGCAAGGGUCUGUUGAGAGGCUUUUGGGGCCAUCUUGAGAUCUUCACUACCCCAGGAGUUAAGGGGGUCUGCAGAGUCACCUAGCUCACUGGGGUAUAUCUGUUAGGGCUGGGAAGUCUCUACUCGUGCUGGCCUCUGCAUUCGGCUCAUCUCUAUGGAUCAGGGACCAUUUAGGAGGCCUAGAAGCUCACUUCAAGGAUUAGGAAGUGUUAAGGUCCACCUGGAAGAAAGAGAUGUGUUCCCACAUAGGGAGAGGGAAGCAAGCAUUGUGAUGUGCCCAGAGGCAUAAACGAAUCUCUAAAGUCUGGAAAGUGUUUUAUGUGGGGGUGAUUGGGAGACAGGGAUGGGGUGGGGUAGUUUGAAGGAGCUAGAAUCUUCCAGGGAUUGCAAGAAUCCCGUCUAUGUCUUAGAGCAAAUUCAAAUGCUUUUGGAGACUAGAUAAAUGUGUAGAGAGUAAUACAACAGAAAACGCUGGGCAUUUUAUCCAGCUCAAAUGUACUUGCCUUUCAGAAAGUAAUUAAAAAGAAAAUGGUUUUAAACAAAUAAGAACCUGUGUUGUCCCAGUGCUGAGGAGAGAGAAUCAUUCCUUGGACCUGAGAGUCCAUUGAGCUGUCUAGAAUCAUCUAAUACAAUGCUCUGCAACUUGACCUUGAUAGGAAGGAAAGACUACAUUAUUCGAUGAGAUUCAAUGCAUGCCAGCAUAUGUAUUUUACUAAUAUUACUCCAGUCCUGUAAACUCGAGGUUCCAUUUGAAACUUGGGAAGUAUUUUCCAUUAUGUUUUAUGUGUAACGAGCUGUUUGUGAACCACUAAAUUGCUCCCAGAGCCCUGUAAUUGAGGGAUCACUGAUCUCACAUGGUCUGCAGAACCUUUUACAAUGGUUUUGGGGAUCUCUCCAAAUCUGCAGCCAGGAGCUUUUGGUACAGUUUCUUGUAUGUGACAGUCAGGGCUCUGUGUAACAUGUGUAUCAGACUGUGAGAGAGCAGUCCCAGAGCUGGGAAUUGUUGAUAUACAGUAUAGGGAAGUCUUGAAUUUUAGCUUAGAGAAGCUUGGAUGUGGUAGAGGGGCUGUCAGACUAAGGUAUGCCUGUGAGAAUUAGGAAGGAAGCUGACGAUUUAGAGAGCUGAAGCCAGGAGGUUGUGGACUCAGUAGGACUGAGACCAGGGCUUAGGACUUUUCCUUGUGGGUGAGCAACCAGGGAAGUAGGUUGAGGCAAAAAGGGGAAAGCUGGUCUAAGGGCCACUGAUAAAAUUAUUGCUAAUGUGUAUCCAGCCAUUUAUCUGUGGGAAUGAGUAUGAUAUACAUGCUACUAUUUUGCCAUUUUCAGAUAAGCACUAGUGUGAUUUAGGGAGCCUAGAGCUUUUAAGAAUUCCAAGAUUAGGUGUUUUCAGAGUAGCAGGAUUGACAGCUGUGGGGAGGUUUACAGCUGUGAUGUUCAUGUUUUCUGAAGCCUCAAUCAAGACAUCCACCAGUCUGAAGGAUGCUCUUUCAACUACCUGACUGGGCACUCAAAGCUCAGAAUUCCCGUGACAUCACCGAGGCUUUGGCCAUGCUUCCACAGGACAGGCAGCUGGGUGAUAGGUGACCAUGGAGGAGGAAGAUGAGUCUCGAGGUAAAACAGAGGAGUCUGGCGAGGAUCGGGGAGACGGUCCACCUGACAGAGAUCCUGCCCUUUCUCCUUCUGCCUUUAUUUUGCGGGCCAUUCAGCAGGCUGUGGGAAGCUCCCUGCAGGGGGACCUGCCUAAUGAUAAAGAUGGCUCUCGGUGUUGUGGCCUACGAUGGAGGCGCUGCUGUCGGAGUCCUCGGUCAGAGCCUCGUUCACAGGAGUCAGGGGGUGCUGACAUGGCCACUGUACUGGACACAGCUGCAGAUAGUUUCCUUGUGGAGCUGGUGAGCAUCCUGGAUCCCCCCGACACCUGGGUUCCCAGCCACCUGGACCUUCAGCCUGGCGAAAGUGAGGACGUGCUAGAGCUGGUAGCUGAGGUCCGUAUCGGUGACAGGGACCCCAUGCCUCUACCUGUGCCCAGCCUGUUGCCCCGCCUCAGGGCCUGGAGGACAGGAAAGACGGUUUCUCCACAGUCCCAUGCAUCUCGACCUGCCUGUUCCCGUCACCUCCUCACCUUGGGCACAGGGGAUGGAGGGCCUGCCCCACCACCUGCACCCUCCUCUGCCUCAUCCUCGCCUUCCCCUUCCCCAUCUUCGUCUUCUCCUUCUCCUCCCCCUCCUCCUCCACCCCCACCUCCUCCAGCUCUGCCUGCCCCGCGAUUUGACAUCUAUGACCCCUUCCACCCCACCGACGAGGCCUAUUCCCCACCGCCAGCCCCAGAGCAAAAAUAUGAUCCCUUUGAGCCCACGGGCUCCAACCCCAGCUCAUCAGCUGGGACCCCCUCGCCAGAGGAGGAGGAGGAAGAGGAGGAAGAAGAGGAAGAGGAGGGUCUAUCACAGAGCAUCAGUCGAAUCUCAGAGACCCUGGCUGGCAUCUAUGAUGACAACAGCUUGAGCCAGGAUUUCCCAGGUGAUGAUAGCCCCCACCGGGAACCCCCACCCCCGCAGACGCUGGGAGCCCCAGGGACACCACCACAGGCUGACUCCACUCGGGCCGAAGGGGCCCCACGCCGCAGGGUCUUUGUGGUGGGACCGGAGGCUGAGGCAUGCCUUGAGGGCAAGGUUUCGGUGGAAGUCGUGACGACGGCUGGUGGACCAGCGCUGCCGCUGCCACCACUACCCCCGACUGAUCCAGAGAUAGAGGAAGGCGAGAUUGUGCAGCCUGAGGAGGAGCCCAGGGUGGCAGUGUCACUGUUCCGUGCUGCACGACCUCGUCAGCCUCCUGCCUCUGUAGCCACCUUGGCUUCAGUGGCCGCCCCUGCUGCGCCCCCAGCCUCUGCUCCACGUGCCCCUGAGGGUGAUGACUUCCUGUCACUACAUGCUGACUCUGAUGGCGAGGGCGCACUUCAAGUGGACCUAGGUGAGCCACCUGCACCACCGGCUGCUGAUGCCCGCUGGGGCGGCCUGGACCUGCGCCGCAAGAUCUUAACCCAGCGACGUGAGCGCUACCGCCAGCGCUCUGCCUCGCCAGGCCCACCGCCUGCUCGGAAGAAGGCUCGAAGAGAGCGGCAGCGCAGCGGCGACCCUGCGCCACCGGAUUCGCCCACCUGGGAAGCUAAGAAGCACCGUUCACGUGAGCGCAAGCUUGGCUCCCACUCCACUGCCCGGCGUCGAUCACGCUCCCGUUCCCGACGCCGUUCACGCUCCCGCAGCGCCGACCGAAGACGUGGGAGCCACCGCUCACGUUCCCGGGAGAAGCGCAGGCGCCGACGGCGUUCCGCCUCUCCACCUCCAGCGGCAUCUUCGUCAUCUUCCUCGAGACGUGAGCGGCACAGGGGCAAGCGGCGCGAGGGUGGCAAGAAGAAGAAGAAGCGCUCGCGCUCCCGGGCAGAGAAGCGCUCUGGGGACUUAGAGAAGCUGCCCGCACCUGUGCCUCCCUCGGGCUCUGACCGUGACAGCCGACGCCGCGGAGCCGUGCCACCUUCUAUCCAGGACCUCACGGACCACGACUUGUUUGCCAUCAAACGAACCAUCACAGUGGGUCGCCCGGACAAGACGGAGCCACGCGCACCUUCGCCAGCACCUGCUGUGUCCCCGAAGCGGGAGGUCCUGUAUGACUCUGAGGGUCUGAGUGCAGAUGAGCGAGGUGCCAAGGGUGACAAAGAUCGCAGGCGUUCAGGGGCUGCGUCCUCAUCCUCGUCCUCAAGGGAGAAAGGGUCUCGACGGAAGGCCCUGGAUGGGGACCGGGGCCGAGACAGGGACAGGUCAUCCAAGAAGACACGGCCACCUAAGGACUCUGCUCCUGGCUCAGGGGCGCUGCCUAAAGCACCCCCAAGCAGUGGCUCCUCGUCCUCGUCGUCCUCCUGCUCCUCUCGAAAAGUAAAACUGCAGUCCAAGGUGGCUGUGCUCAUCCGAGAGGGCGUCAGCAGCACCACCCCUGCCAAGGAUUCCUCGUCUUCGGGCCUGGGCUCCAUUGGGGUCAAGUUCAGCCGAGACCGUGAGAGCCGUUCACCAUUCCUCAAGCCGGAUGAACGGGCUCCUGCAGAGGGGGCCAAGGUGGCCCCAGGCAGCACCAAGCCUAAAAAGACCAAGGCCAAAGCCAAGGCUGGGGCCAAGAAAGCCAAGGGGACCAAGGGAAAGACGAAGCCGUCGAAGACUAGGAAGAAGGUUCGCAGUGGAGGCAGCAGCACGGCCAGUGGUGGGCCUGGUUCACUGAAGAAAUCCAAGGCCGAUAGCUGCAGCCAGGCAGCCAGCGCCAAGGGGACAGAGGAAACAUCAUGGUCUGGGGAGGAACGGACCACCAAGGCCCCCAGUACCCCUCCACCUAAGGUAGCCCCACCUCCACCCGCACUCACCCCGGACUCCCAGACUGUGGAUAGCAGCUGCAAGACCCCUGAAGUCUCCUUCCUACCAGAGGAAGCCAGUGAGGACACUGGGGUCCGAGUAGGGGCAGAGGAGGAGGAGGAAGAGGAAGAGGAAGAAGAGGAGGAGGAGGAGCAGCAGCCUGCCACUACCACAGCCACCAGCACCGCUGCAGCUGCCCCAAGCACUGCCCCCAGUGCGGGGUCUACAGCUGGAGACUCCGGCGCAGAGGACGGGCCAGCUGCUAGGGCCUCCCAGCUGCCAACGCUACCCCCACCCAUGCCCUGGAACCUGCCUGCUGGUGUGGACUGUACUACCAGUGGUGUUCUGGCCUUGACUGCACUGCUGUUCAAGAUGGAAGAAGCCAACCUGGCCAGCCGCGCAAAGGCCCAGGAGCUGAUCCAGGCCACCAACCAGAUCCUCAGCCACCGGAAGCCACCCUCUACUCUGGGGGUGACCCCAGCUCCCGUGCCCACUUCCUUGGGUCUGCCCCCAGGCCCCUCCAGCUACCUGCUUCCUGGCAGCCUCCCCAUAGGGGGCUGUGGCUCUACCCCUCCUACCCCUACAGGGCUAGUCCCUGCAUCUGACAAGAGAGAGGGCAGCAGCAGCUCAGAGGGACGUGGGGACACUGACAAGUAUCUGAAGAAGCUGCACACACAGGAGCGGGCGGUGGAGGAGGUGAAGCUGGCCAUCAAGCCAUACUACCAGAAGAAAGACAUCACCAAGGAGGAGUAUAAGGACAUCCUGAGGAAGGCUGUCCACAAGAUCUGCCACAGCAAAAGCGGGGAGAUCAACCCUGUCAAGGUGAGCAACCUGGUAAGGGCCUACGUCCAGCGCUACCGCUACUUCCGCAAGCACGGUCGCAAGCCGGGGGACCCCCCAGGACCUCCUCGGCCACCCAAGGAGCCAGGGCCCCCAGACAAGGGUGGCCCAGGCCUGCCCCUGCCCCCUCUCUAAGACUCCUUACCCUGUCCCUGUGCCUCUGAGAUUCUGGACAUAUUUAUGGCUCCACUUCCCCACUAUGCCCCCCCACAGUGGGAUGAUGGGGAAGGUUGCUGUGAGGAAGAGGAGAGCCCACCCUAGCCCUAUCCCUACCCGUUGACCUAGCCUGCCCCCACAGUCCCAGCCCUUCUGUCAUGCCCCCUCCAGUUUCAUUAAAGAUUUCAUGAAAUACA